GCCUGCCCCUCAGUGUGAGGAAAACCCCCAGGCCCAGGGGAGUGGAGAUGGGGGGGAUCCCCUCCCCCGCGCCGGAGGAGCCCAGGCAGCCCCUGAGGCCGGGCCGGUCUCUGGGUUCCGGGGGCGCUGGCGGUUCUCUCAGCGCCUGUCUCAGGACACUCGUGUUUCUCUGAAAUCCCCAGCUCCUGGGUCUGUGCCUGGGUAGCCCGGCUCUGGGGAGAGGCCUGACCCCAGAACCCCCGAGAGCUGGGAGGGCGGGCGAGAUGCCCCCGGGCAGGGUGGUUUUAACGUCUCCUGGCUUGGGGCCUGCGGCUCUGGCCAUGACGUCAGUGGGGGCUUUGCUCCGGCCGUACCCAGGGGAAGCCCCCCGGGGGCGCUGGGACAGGACGGGAGUGAAAUGGACAAGCGCCGGAUUUCUCCUCUCCUGAGAUCAGGCUCCAGCUCUGGGCACAAACAAAAUCAGGUGCCGGUGGCGUUCGAGGACGUCGCGGUCUAUUUCUCCCUGGAGGAGUGGGCAGCGUUGGCCAAAUGGCAGAGGGAGCUGUACCGGGACGUGAUGAAGGAGAAUUACGAGCUGGUGGCUUCAUUGGGGCAUCCUGCUGUCAAACCUGAGAUCAUCUGCCAGAUGGAGCGAGGGGAAGAGCCGUGUGUGGGGAAUCCCUGGGGCUGGAAAGACAGAAGCACAGCCCAGAACUCCUGCUCAGAUGGUGAGAUGAAGGAUGACGAUGAGGAAGGUACUAGAACCCUGGAUCUUCCCAAGACAUCCCCAGGACAGACUGGAGGGGACCUCCACCAGCACUCAAGGAAAAAGCAAAGAUGCAAGAGUCAGAGCAAAUCACAAAAGCAGCAGAGAAAUGUCAUGCAAGAAAAACUCCUGCCCCUCCCCAGGCCCCAGAAAACACUGCUCCAGAGACAGGAUGCAGAGCAGAGACAUGGAGACAGCCAGCAGGAUCAGACACACCCGGCUGCCCAGCAGGGAGAGCCCACAGGGAGGAAACCAUUCACAUGCCCUGAAUGCGGAAGGAGCUGGGCGACGAAGGGCAGCCUCAAAAUACACCAGCGAGUGCACACGGGGGAGGGGCUGUUUCCCUGCAGCCAGUGCGGGAAAAGCUUCACCGCCAAGGCCACCCUCAAAAUGCACCAGCAGAUCCACACGGGGGAGCGGCCCUUCGUGUGCACCGAGUGCGGCCAGGGCUUCACCGCCAAGGCCACCCUCAAAAUGCACCAGCGCCUGCACCGCGGGGAGCAGCCCUUCGUGUGCACCGAGUGCGGCCAGGGCUUCACCGCCAAGGCCACCCUCAAAAUGCACCAGCGCCUGCACUGCGGGGAGCGGCCCUUCGUGUGCACCGAGUGCGGCCAGGGCUUCGUUCAGAACGAAUUUCUGAAAGUGCACAAGAGGCUGCACACGGGAGAACAUCCGUUCCCCUGCCCCGAAUGCGGGAAGCGCUUCAUCAGCAAGGCUGUUCUGAAGGUGCAUGGCAGGGUGCAUGGCAGGGAGUGGCCGUUUCUGUGCACUGAGUGUGGGAAAUGUUUCACCAGGAAAGACAACCUCAAACUGCACCAGCGGCGCCACACGGGGGAGCGCCCGUUCGCCUGCUCUCAGUGCGGGAAGAGCUUCGCCAAGAAGGGCACGCUCAGCAUGCACCAGAAAAGCCAUGUGCGUGAGAGGCGCUUUGCAUGUGCUGAAUGCAAGGAGAGCUUUGUCUCCAGCAGGGACCUCACGAUGCACCAGAGGAUCCACACCAGGGAGCGCUCAUACAUGUGCAGCCAGUGUGGGAAAUGCUUCACGCAGCCAGGAAACCUCCUGACGCACCAGCGAGUGCACACGGGGGAGCGGCCAUUCACCUGCACCCAGUGCGAGGAAAAGCUUCACCACCAACGGCAACCUCAAAAUGCACCAGCGGAUCCACACGGGGGAGCGGCCCUUCACGUGCACUGAGUGUGGAAGGGGCUUCACUGUCAAGGGGACGCUGCAAAAACACCAGAGAGUCCACACGAGGUGGAAGCAGCUCGCGUGUGCCAGCCCGAAUCUGGAAGGGCUUUCCCAGCCUGUACUCCAGCAAGCCUCCCACUGACGCAGGGAUCAGACCCAGGGUCCCGCCAGCCCGGCUGCUCUGACAGUGAGCAGCACCAGAUGCAUCGGAGGAAGGUGUAAGAAUUGCACACUAGGCAAAUGUAGGAUAAUCUGCCCCCCUACUCCUGGCCAAUAGUAGGUCUCCUCCUAAUCAUUAGAAAGUUGCUUAAACCCUAAAGUACAAGGUUUAAUAUCCCUUCAAAAUAUCUGUUAGCAUUAAUUAUAACUCUGGAGAUCUUUGUUCAAUAAAUGUUUUUAACCUUUUCUAAA